GCUCAUUAGGCGUGGUUCCUGUCACUGCGCCUGGCUCUGCAGGGAUGUCCUCUAUUUGCCACACAGAUAACCUGUUCCUCUGAGGAAAAGGAAAUAACAUCAAACUUCAGCUUACAGCAGAAAUGCUUUUAUCAGCUUGAAUUUGAAGAUGUCUGCGUUCGCCAAAGCAAAGAAAUCUUAUCAGAAGAACCACAAAGAACGUGGACAGUUGAAAAACAGACAUCACUUGGGUUUGCUGGAAAAACACAAGGACUAUGUAUUGCGAGCCAGAGAUUAUCACAAGAAGAAGGAAAAGCUAAAAAAUCUUAGAGAGAAAGCUCUCAACAAGAAUCCAGAUGAGUUUUACUUUAAGAUGAUCAGCACUAAAACAAAGGAUGGUGUACAUCAUGUUAAACAAGGCAAGCAGCACACCGCUGACCAGCUCAAGCUAAUGAAGGCUCAGGAUCUCAAUUAUGUCAACUCAAAGAAGACAGCUGAAGCCAAGAAAAUUGAAAGACUACAAGCCAGCCUACAUCUUCUGGAGUCCUCGGACGGUGGCCCUCCAAACCAACAUAUUGUGUUUGUGGACAAUAAAAAAGAAGCCAAGGCAUUUGACCCUGCCACUCAUUUUGGCACCCUACCAGAGCUAAUGAACAGGACUUACAAUAGACCAAGCAUAGACACACUCAAAACGAGUCAGGUUACAGCCCCUGUCGAUGAACAGUCUCUUAAGAAAAUUGAGAGACAAAGGAAUCGUCAGUAUGAGGAACUCAAGCAAAGGAUAGAGAGAAAAGAGAAGAUGCAGACCCUUACGGAGAAACUGCAACUUGAAAAGCAUCUGAUGGGUAAAGGCCCCAGAGUAAAAGUCAAGGAUGCAACCGAUGACCAGCCAGCAGUCUACAGAUGGAAGAAGAAGCGCAGAAAGUAGAACUGCUAUAGUUAUAUGGAAUGUAUUUAUCUCUCAUGUGUACUGAAUGUCACAUGGUUUGACAAGGGGUACCAUAAGGGAAUAAAAAGCUUUGGAAGCUUACUCUGUAAGAGAAGCAAAUAAGUCUGUUCCUGGCUUUAGCCGGUAGUAGGGGGAGUGGGGAAAUGCCUUCUAGUGCUGGGAGACCAUAUGGAAGAGAAUAUUCUCUCCCUACCCAGAAAACAUAGGAAUGUUUGAAUCCUUUCUAAUGGAUGGACAAACAGACAGACAUCUCAACCAUUCUACUUUUUUAUCUGUCUAGUAAAUACUUAGACUACAGUAUAUCAGGGUCUGCCCGUGGCUGUAUUAACACAUUUUUGCACCCUUUUUUAUUUCUUGUAGACAACAUAAAAUAAAGAACAGAAAUGUG